GGUCGAGAUUAUUAAAUAUCGUAUCACAAUGUUAAUCAUAUUUGCUCGUUAUAAUACGUGAUAAUUUGGCCAUGUGUCGCUGUUUGAUGAGGGUAACGUUAAUUUGCCGUUGCGUUCUAGCUAGCCAACAUUGAGCUAGCAUAAUAUGUUAACAUUACCUAGCUUGCUAGCGUCAUUUAUCCCUGUUUAUUAUUUUCCCAGAAUGGCUUUUAGCAAGCCAGUGUUAUGGCCAUCAACUAUGGUGUUUUCCAACGGAAAGACGAUAUUGGUGUUAUUUUGUUAGAUCUCCGUACACGUCCUUUUGCAUUCUGGACCGCCAACUUACACUUUACUAUAUCGCUAGCAGCUACCUAGCAUGUGGUCAGCGCUGAACGGAGAGUAUGGCUCACUCCAAGAAUCGAGCCACAGAUGGCAAGAUCACCUACCCACCAGGGGUAAAGGAGAUCUCGGAUAAAAUCUCAAAGGAGGAGAUGGUUCGGAGGCUUAAGAUGGUGGUAAAAACCUUCAUGGACAUGGAUCAGGAUUCAGAAGAAGAAAAGGAGCUGUAUCUCAAUCUAGCCCUGCACCUAGCCUCAGACUUUUUUCUCAAACAUCCAGACAAGGAUGUGCGGCUACUUGUAGCAUGUUGUUUGGCGGACAUUUUUCGCAUCUAUGCUCCAGAGGCACCAUACACAUCACCUGAUAAACUAAAGGAUAUUUUCAUGUUCAUCACAAGGCAACUCAAAGGACUGGAGGAUACCAAAAGUGCCCAGUUCAAUCGAUAUUUUUACCUUCUUGAGAAUAUUGCUUGGGUGAAAUCUUACAACAUCUGCUUUGAAUUGGAGGACAGUAAUGAAAUCUUCACACAACUUUACAGGACACUCUUUCAAGUCAUCAACAAUGGCCAUAACCAGAAGGUACACAUGCAUAUGGUGGACCUAAUGAGCUCCAUCAUCUGUGAGGGGGACUCUGUUUCACAGGAAUUGCUGGACACGGUGUUGGUUAACCUGGUGCCUGCGCACAAGAAUCUGAACAAGCAAGCCUAUGAUCUGGCCAAGGCUUUGCUGAAGAGGACUGCUCAGGCAAUAGAGCCCUACAUCACCAAUUUUUUUAAUCAGGUCCUGAUGCUGGGAAAGACAUCAGUGAGUGAUCUGUCAGAGCAUGUCUUUGACCUGAUCCUGGAGCUGUACAACAUCGACAGCCACCUCCUUCUGUCCGUCCUGCCUCAGUUGGAGUUCAAACUUAAGAGUAAUGAUAAUGAUGAACGUCUUCAAGUUGUGAAGCUUUUGGCAAAGAUGUUUGGGGCAAAAGACUCUGAGCUAGCCACACAAAACAAACCCCUUUGGCAGUGCUACCUUGGAAGGUUUAAUGACAUUCAUGUUCCCAUUCGCUUAGAGUGUGUGAAGUUUGCCAGUCACUGCCUUAUGAACCACCCUGACCUCGCAAAGGAUCUCACAGAGUACCUGAAGGUGAGAUCCCAUGACCCCGAGGAGGCUAUACGGCAUGAUGUCAUUGUAUCCAUCGUAACUGCUGCCAAAAAGGAUCUGGCUUUGGUCAAUGACCAUCUCUUGAACUUUGUGAGGGAGAGAACCCUGGAUAAAAGGUGGAGGGUUCGUAAAGAGGCAAUGAUGGGUCUGGCUCAGAUCUACAAGAAGUACUCCCUGCAGGGUGAAGGAGGAAAGGAAGCUGCCAAGCAGAUCUCCUGGAUCAAGGACAAGCUGCUUCACAUAUACUACCAGAAUAGCAUAGAUGACCGGCUGCUUGUUGAGCGCAUCUUUGCUCAGUACAUGGUCCCUCACAACCUAGAGACGACUGAGAGGAUGAAGUGUCUCUAUUACUUGUAUGCUACAUUGGACCAGAAUGCAGUCAAAGCUCUGAAUGAGAUGUGGAAAUGUCAAAACAUGCUAAGACACCAUGUGAAGGAUCUCCUGGAUCUUGUGAAGCAGCCAAAAUCGGAGUCCUACAACAAAGCAGUGUUCUCGAAGGUUAUGGUUAUCACCAGGAAUCUACCAGAUCCAGGAAAAGCCCAGGACUUUGUGAAGAAAUUGGCCCAGGUUCUGGAGGAGGAUGAGAAGAUCAGGAAGCAGCUGGAGACCCUGGUCAGCCCAGCCUGCUCCUGCAAACAGGCAGAGGGUUGCGUGAGAGACAUCACUAAGAAACUAGGAAGCCCAAAACAGCCAAGCAAUCCUUUCCUAGAGAUGGUGAAAUUCCUAUUGGAAAGGAUUGCCCCCGUUCAUAUUGACACAGAAUCCAUCAGUGCCCUUAUCAAACAGGUGAAUAAAUCCAUAGAAGGCACAGCAGAUGAUGAGGAUGAGGGAGUGCCAACUGAACAGGCCAUCCGUGCAGGCCUGGAGCUUUUGAAGGUCCUGUCCUUCACACACCCUGUGUCCUUCCACUCGGCGGAAACAUUUGAGUCCCUGCUGGGCUGCUUGAAGAUGGACGAUGAAAAGGUGGCGGAGGCUGCUCUGCAGAUCUUCAAGAACACCGGUGGCAAGCUGGAGGAAAGCUUCCCACAUAUCAAAUCGGUCCUGCUGCCUGUACUGCAGCAUAAAGCCAAGAAAGGCCCUCCUCGCCAGGCCAAGUACGCCAUCCACUGCAUCCACGCUAUGUUUUCCAACAGAGACACACAUUUUGCACAGAUCUUUGAGCCUCUACACAAAAGUGUGGACACAGAAAACUUUGAACAGCUCAUUACACCUCUUACCACGCUGGGCCACCUGGCUAUGCUGGCGCCAGAGCAGUUUGCUGGGCCACUCAAGUCCUUGGUAGCUAAUUUCAUUGUCAAGGACCUGCUAAUGAAUGACCGGAUUCCUGGCAAGAAAACAACCAAACUAUGGGUGCCAGAUGACGAGGUUUCUCCUGAAACACUGGCUAAGAUUCAGGGCAUUAAACUGAUGGUGCGCUGGCUGCUGGGGGUAAAGAACAAUCAGAGCAAGUCGGGCACCUCCACUUUGAGAAUGCUCACAGCCAUCCUCAACAGCGAUGGUGACCUCACUGAACAGGGCAAGAUGGGGAAGCCUGACAUGUCUCGCAUGCGACUAGCUGCAGGUUGUGCACUGCUGCGCCUGGCCCAGGAGCCAUGCUACCAUGAGAUCAUCACCCUGGAGCAGUACCAGCUCUGCGCGCUCGUCAUAAAUGAUGAAUGCUACCAGGUUCGCCAAGCAUUUGCUCAGAAGCUUCAUAAAGGCCUGUGUCGACUUCGGCUGCCUCUUGAGUACCUGGCAGUGUUUGCCCUGUGUGCCAAAGACCCAGUGAAGGAGCGGCGGGCUCAUGCACGCCAGUGCUUGGUGAAAAACAUCAAUCUGCGGAGGGAGUACCUAAAGCAGCAUGCUGCAGUCAGUGAGAAGCUCAUCUCUCUCCUGCCGGAGUAUGUAGUACCAUAUGCCAUCCAUCUGCUGGUGCAUGACCCAGACUAUGUGAAAGUGCAGGACAUUGAGCAGCUCAAAGAUAUUAAAGAGGCUUUAUGGUUUGUCUUGGAAAUUCUCAUGGCAAAAAAUGAGAACAACAGCCAUGCAUUCAUUAGGAAAAUGGUGGAGAAUAUCAAACAGACAAAAGAUGGCCAGGCGCCAGACGAUGCCAAGAUUAAUGAGAAACUCUAUACCGUAUGUGAUGUGGCCAUGAACAUUGUCAUUUCCAAAAGUACCACGUACAGCCUGGAGUCACCUAAAGAUCCUGUCCUCCCAGCACGCUACUUCACACAGCCUGACAAGAACUUUAGCAACACAAAGAAUUAUCUCCCGCCUGAAAUGAAGUCAUUUUUCACCCCUGGAAAGCCCAAAGCUGCAAAUGUCCUUGGAGCUGUCAACAAACCCCUCUCAGCCACUGGGAAGCUCCAGACCAAACUCUCCCGUAUGGAGACCAACAGCAAUGCCAGCAGUAACUCUAACCCCAGCUCCCCAGGGCGAGGGAAAGGAAGAUUGGACACCACAGAUGUAGACCACAGUGAGAAUGAGGACAUUACCAUGAAGAGUCUGGCUGAAAGUGAAAAACCCAGAGGGCGUAAGCGUGGGAUUGCCACCACUCCAGACGACAAAGUUCAAGAUUCCAAGCCUAAGCGAGGCCGUAAGAAGGCCCCUACUGUCAGUGAGGAACCAGAUGAGGCCUGGGCAGAGGACAGCAGCCUUGCCGACACUACCAUGGAGAUGGAGGAUGAGCAGAACAGCCCACCCAAGAGAGGGCGCAGGGGACGGCCACCCAAAUCCACCAUCCCCAAAGAGGAGGCUCCCACCAAGAAUCGGAAGGGGCGCAAGAAAUCGGCCCCACCCCCUGAGGAGGAAGCAGAGGAGGAGCAGGAAGAGGAGGAGGAGGAGGAUGAAGACGCAGGCAGUGAGAACAUGGAGGUGAAGCCUAAAGUAGGACGAGGCAGAGGAGGCCGCCGAACUGUAACAAGAGCUGAAGCUUCUGACACCACAGAAGAGUCGGUCGAAUCUACUCCUCAGAAGAGACGAGGACGGCCGCCCAAAAACCAACAAGCUUCCAGGAAACCUGUUGGGGGUCGCUCCAGAGGUACAGUAAACCAAGAUAACGAAUCAGACGAGGACAUGGAGACGUCACAGGAGAAUGUGGAGGAGGAGGAGCAAGAGGAGGAGAACCAGCACAGUUCCCCUAAAGUUAGACGGAAAAACCCCCGGAGAGAACGCAGAUGAGGUCCAAGAGCAGCUACAGCAAGUGGGUCUGACAGAGGGAGGGACACAUUCAUGUUUCUGUGGACUUUGGACUUAAUGGAGCCAUGCAUCUGCUUCAGCUGUAUUUUGCAGUCUUAUUCGUUGUAUGCUUUUGCCACAUGCAAAGAUGCACACAGACACACGCUGAUACAUGCUCUCCAUGACUUGUGGUUCAUUUUUAAAUGUCAUGUAUGCCGACUGCAUUGUUGAAACUUAACCAGUUAAAAAGAAAUGUAAAUAGUCUGUUUUCAUCUCUUCCACCCCACAAGGUUAGGGAGGCAAAUGUAUAGCUUUUCUCCUUCAGUUUUAAAAUAUUGCACCAGCUGAUGUCUGAGUAAAUUGACUUUUAGCAGGACUGUAUCUGUUAAGUGUUUCUUCUGUGUCAUUCUGUACUGUGAAGCCAUUUUGUAGUUCUUUUUUAUUUGUCUGUCAUGUUGUCCUAUUCUUUUUACCUUUCAUUUGUGUACUCUUGUGUGCAUAUUAUUAUGCAUGUGCAAAUGUGCCUCCGCCCUUAAAAAAAGAAAGAAAAGUUUUAAGAUAAAAUCAAGUGAAAUUGCAGUAUUGAUUUUAUCACAGUUUGAGGAAGGUUGAAGGCAUCAUAUGUGGAAAAGCAUUUGUUUUACUAUUGGCUGUGUUUAAAUAAAAUGCUGAUUAAUUGCCCCAAUUGUUUUUUCAGUCUACUGAAAUAAUAAAUAUUCUAUAAAACUA